UCUCAGUCACUAAAUGACUUUGUGGCUUUAGGUAAAUCACUUAACCUUUCUGAGAUGUAGCUUAUUAAUCAAUAAAAUAGAGAUAUUAGCAUAAAGCACCUACAUUUAAAGGCUGUUGCAAAGAUCAAAUGAGAUCAGGUAUUAAAAGCUUUUGCAAACAUAAAAAUGUUAACUCUUAUUAUAUUUCAUUUCAACAUUCUUAAUUUCCCUGUGAUUUACUUGUUAUAGGUUAAUUUCAAGAGAUGAAAUCAUUUUUGGAGGAAAGAAAGUAAUUACUAAAGCAUUUUCCUAAUAGUCGUUAGGUAGGGCACUGCUCACUGCCCCCCACCCCUUACUGCCCCCCCUCAACUUGGUUCUUUAGCUAUAAAAAAAAUUAUAGUACUUACAAUACCCAUUGCAGUUUUCUUAUGAGUUUGAGAACUUUUCAAGCCUUCAGAUGUUGUAACCUAUGACUCUAUUUUCUUAUUAUUUCAGCCAGUGUCCAAUUUAUGAGGUCAGGCUCCCUUUCUGACUAUGGGUCGUCUACUUUCCCCCUCUAGGCAGAGAGAUUUUUCAGUUCUUGCUAACUAAAGACAAAUAUGAAAAGACACUUGGAAACAAAGAUUUCUUGUGACAUUUCUUUGGAGGGUUCCACUUUGGUUAAGUAACCACCCAGGUGGAAAAACUGAGUGUCUAAAGUCAUGAAAUCUUUUCCAGGAAUCAAACGAUCCAUGUAAAUUGUCUUGUUCUAUGGAGAAGUGGUGGUGGUUGGAGUACUGAAUUUGCCAUCAAGAUAUAGGUUCAAAUUCUACAUCAGACGCUUAGUUGAGAAAGUUUUAUGGCCUCUCUGAGUCUCACUUUCUUCAUAGGUAAAAUGGGAAUAAUAAAAAGUACAAUAUUUGCCCCAAAAGAUUCUUGUAAGGUAAUAAAGCACUCUAUUAUUACUAUUCAAUUUUAUAAUUUUAAUUGGCAUAAAGACCCAUAGUAUUGCUGAUUUAGAGUGAAAAUGACUCUUAGGGGACAUCUAUUUCAGAAAUUCUUAACCUAAGGUUUGUAAACAAAUACACACACAUACACAUAUGUAAUACACAUGUACACACAAGUACAUAUAUUUAUAGAUACGUGUGUCUAUGUGUUUAAAUAUACACAUACAUAUAUCACAUUUUCUAUUCCAAUAUAAUCCUAUUACUUUAUUUUAUGAAUUCUUAAGCAUUAUUCAUAGGAGGUCCAUAGAUGUUAGACUGUCAUGUGUGACUAUGUCAUACAAAAACACAAAAAAUGGAUAAGAACUCUUGAUUUAGUCCAAUUUCUCAUUUUACAAAAGAGGUACCACUGAACCUCAGGGGAGGUCAUGGGAUCAUAUAUCUAGAGCUGGAAGAGACCCCAGAAAUCACUUAGUUCAAUAUCCAUUUUACAGUUAAGAAAACUAAGGCACAGGGAGGUCAAGGCCUGCUCAGGGUCACUCAGCUAGUAAAGUAUCUGAUCCAGGAUUUGAAAACCGGUCCUUUGAAUACAUGUUUCCUUCUUGGACUAGAUUAUGUACUCUGAUAUUAUGGACUAUAUCAUAUAUGUCAGAAAACAUAAUCUGACAUAUGUCAGAAGACUUAAUCUGACAUAAUAUGUCAAAAGACAUAAUAAAUCUGUUCCAAUCAAUGGAACUAUCUAGUCUACCUAUUACUAAAGAACUAAAUAAAAAUAGGUAGGUUUUCCUAGAGAGUAUAUUUCCACAGUGAUUAUUUUAUUUUACUUUUCAUCCAAGAUUGUGAUUUCAUUAAUUCCUAGGGCAGAAACUCCAUAUUAGCUUCUAUUUUGCAAUUUAUGGGAAUGAAAAGUUAAAUGACUUGCCCAGGAUCACAUAGAUAGGUUAUAAUAAAACUCUAGCCAAAUCUUCCUAAUGCUAUCUACAAUACUAUACCAUGUUAUUCCUUAUCUUAUUACCUUAUUAAUAAUCCUUAAAUGAAUUAUUGAUACCACCUCCUCAGUUUUCCAUCUAUAAAAAGGGAAUAAAAGUUCAUGUACCACCUUCAUUACUCAAAGGGCUAUGGUGAGGCUCAAGGAUUUUGUAAACCUUAAAAAACAAUAUAUAAAACUCAGCAGUUAUUGUUCUUUCUACUAAGGCAAAAAAAUCCCUCGAGGUCAAUCCAUAAUGUAUGAUCCUUCCUCAUUUUGCAGAAUCUCAAAAUCCUAAUAUUGAAAGCUAGUGUGGUAUCGAUCAAAAGGAAAUUGAAUAGGGAGUUAGAAGACUUAGAUUCACACCCCAACUAUUUCCCUUACUACUCAGAAGACAGAAUUGUAGGGCAGUAUCAAAGAGUUAAAUUUAGGCUUUGUGAAAAGAAAAAUUUCCCAACUUUUAGAGGAAUCUAAAAGGGAAAUAGACUAUAUGCAAAAGUAAUGAGAUCUCUCCCCACUGGCAGUCUUAGAGCAAAGGCUGUAUACUUUAAUGGGGAUUUUUAGUGAUAUAGUUUGUCUAAGUAACCACCAAGAUGCAUUCUGAUUCUUUGUUUCUGUCCACUGAUUCUGAGUUAUGAUGAAGUAGCCACUUCAUAUAUAAAAAUUUAUACAAAAGUAGUAGAUUUCAUCUGAAAAAAACAUAGUUUUUUAAAAAUUAUUCUUGCUCUAUAGAAAAAAUUAGUGUACCUCCUCUAAUUUACAUUCAAAUAGACCAAACAGUAUACUGUAAAAUCUUUCCAACUUUUCACUUGUAAAGUUUUCCUGUGUAAUAUAUCCUGGCUAAUCACCUAUGAUCUUCCCUUUUCCCCUGAAGUAGUCUUGUGUUUUAAAGUUUGUCCUCCUGGCAUAUAUACAAUAUUAUCCGUAUUAGAUGGGGCUUUUUGUUGUUUUUUGGUAGUGACCCAAGUGAUAGAGAAGUAUAAUGGUGGAGUACAAGAAAAAAACAAAAUAGAAGAAAGUGUGGUAUAAUAGAAAGGGUUUGGAAUUGGACAUCCUGGUUUCAAAUCCCACCUUUGCCACUUACAAUAUUGGUUACUUUGGAUAAGUCAUUCUAUCUCUCUGGGUCUAAGUUUCAACACCAAUUUUUAAAAAGUAGGGAGGAGCCCUGAGUCUAAUAUCCUUUGUGCCUUCCAGGUUCAUGGUUCUUAAAAAGAUAACUAUGGAUUUUUCUAGAAGAAACAGAUUAAAUUAUGUUUAUUUUUUUAUAUCUAUAUUAGUUUAUAUGUUAUGUUAUAUAUUAUAUAUUUGUAUAAUAUUAUUGCAUUUUUAAAUAUUAUAUUUAAUUUAUAUUUGACUUAUCUCUAACACAUUAUCUUUCACCCAGAGAUUAUGUGAAUCUAGUCCUAGAAACAUGCAAUAGUGAACAAAUAAAGUAGAUGUGAGUGUCCUUUUCACUCGUUUCCUCAUGGAAAACAAAAGGAAGAAAUUUUUAAGAACAGUUGUUCUUAAAAUGAUAUAAGCCUUGGGGCUAGAAGUGUGUUGUGGAAGUUUGGAGACUCAUGGCAUAAAUUCAAUUUGACAAAAGACCUCUUCUUCUCACCUUAUGCUCUAAACUCCAGAUGUUUCACCUUCUUUUGGGACCAGAUUUUGAGCUUGUGCAAGUCCCAACUAUUUCAGAUGCGGGAACUGAGACCCAAUGUGGUAAAGGGACAUACAGGGCUCGAAGAGGUGGAGUUGGGUUUCCAAUCCGGGUCCUUUGAUUCUAGGACAAAUAGUUUGUUUUUGGUUUUUUUUUUUUUCCAUUGAGCAUGGAACUCUGUUGCCAAAAAAAUACUAAGAAGUAUAGAGAAAUAUAGACUCCAGGUCUUAGAUGAUCUUGGCAGCUACUGAUUGUUUUCUCGGGUGGGAGGAGGAGGGAGGAGCGCAGGAAGUUUCUUCUCCUCCCACUGAAGCCCUGCCUCCCAGGGUUGGACAAGGACUGACAUUAGUUUUCUUUCUCCCUCUUGCUCAGCCCUUCAGCUCCCAAAGCCGACAGUGUUGUGGAAGUUAGGGGUUUGGUUCUUUUUCCUUUUUUUGGUGAAUAUUAGAAGAACUUAGCUAGAAGACAAGGGGGCCCAGCUGGGGAGAGCUAGUCCAGCUGAAGAAUUGGCCGGGUUGGCCGAUCCAGCUGCCCAAGUGCGAAGCUAAGUGCUUGAAAGAGGAUUAUUGCCGCCCUAGAAUAAACAAAAAGUAAAGAAAAAGGAUAUGGAAAGCUAAGCAGUGAUGAAGACAUCGAAAUAAUUGUUGAUCAAAACCAGGGGAAAAGCUCUAGGGCAGCCGAUAAGGCUGUUGCCAUGGUGAUGAAGGAGAUACCGAGGGAGGAGUCUGCUGAAGAAAAGCCCCUCCUUACUAUGACAUCACAGCUGGUGAAUGAACAGCAAGAAAGCAGACCCCUUCUAAGUCCUUCCAUCGAUGACUUUCUCUGUGAGACCAAAGCGGAAGCCAUAGCCAGGCCAGUAACAUCAAAUACAGCAGUAUUAUCAACAGGUUUGGAUCUCUUGGACUUGAGUGACCCUGUGUCACAAACCCAAAACAAAACAAAGAAGCUGGAGGCUACGCCAAAGAGCUCAAGCCACAAGAAGAAGGCUGAUGGUUCUGACCUUAUCAGCACAGAUGCUGAGCAGAGAGGCCAGCCUCUGAGAAUGCCAGAGACCUCCUCGUUAGAUUUAGAUAUUCAAACACAACUGGAUAAAUGGGAUGAAGUUAAGUUUCAUGGAGACAGAAAUAGCAAAAGCCAUGCUAUGGCCGAGAGGAAAUCAACAUCAUCCAGGACUGGAUCAAAAGAACUUUUGUGGUCUUCAGAGAGUAGAUCUCAGCCAGAAUUGACUAGCGGGAAAAGUGCCCUCAAUUCUGAGUCAGCUCCAGAUUUAGACUUAGUGCCUCCAGCACAGGCUCGACUGACCAAAGAACAGCGCUGGGGAAGUGCAUUGCUUUCCAGAAACCACUCCUUAGAAGAAGAAUUUGAAAGGGCAAAAGCAGCAGUGGAGUCAGACACAGAGUUUUGGGACAAGAUGCAAGCAGAAUGGGAAGAAAUGGCUCGAAGAAACUGGAUAUCUGAGAACCAAGAAGCCCAAAAUCAAGUGACAAUUUCAGCUAGUGAAAAGGGGUACUACUUUCACACAGAAAAUCCUUUCAAAGACUGGCCUGGAGCUUUUGAAGAAGGAUUGAAAAGACUGAAAGAAGGGGACUUGCCAGUCACUAUAUUGUUCAUGGAGGCAGCGAUCCUUCAGGACCCUGGGGAUGCUGAGGCCUGGCAGUUUCUGGGUGUAACCCAGGCAGAGAAUGAAAAUGAGCAAGCUGCCAUCGUUGCUCUCCAGAGGUGCUUAGAAUUGCAACCCAACAACCUGAAGGCUCUAAUGGCCUUGGCUGUGAGUUACACUAAUACUGGCCACCAACAAGAUGCUUGCAGUGCUCUGAAGAACUGGAUUAGGCAAAAUCCUAAAUAUAAAUAUUUAGUAAAGAAUAAAAAGGCAUCUCCAGGUCCAACCCGAAGGAUGUCUAAAUCACCAGUUGAUAGUUCGGUCCUAGAAGGAGUUAAGGAGCUGUAUCUGGAGGCCGCCCACCAAAAUGGAGAGAUGAUCGACCCUGACCUGCAGACCGGCCUAGGGGUGCUAUUCCACCUGAGUGGAGAAUUCAGUCGAGCAAUAGAUGCAUUUAAUGCUGCCUUAACAGUUCGGCCAGAGGACUAUUCAUUAUGGAACCGCCUUGGUGCCACAUUGGCUAAUGGAGACCGCAGUGAAGAAGCAGUUGAAGCUUACACCCGAGCUCUAGAAAUCCAGCCUGGCUUCAUCCGCUCCAGAUACAAUUUGGGAAUUAGUUGCAUCAACCUGGGAGCUUACAGGGAGGCAGUCAGCAAUUUCCUCACUGCCCUGAGCUUGCAAAGAAAGAGUAGGAACCAACAACAAGUUCCCCAUCCGGCCAUUUCUGGCAACAUCUGGGCUGCCCUCAGGAUUGCUCUCUCCAUGAUGGACCAGCCAGAGCUAUUUCAGGCAGCUAACCUUGGGGACUUGGAUGUUCUACUAAGAGCUUUUAAUCUGGAUCCAUGAGGAAGAGAUGAUUCUACCGCCUACCCAUGCCACUGGAAAAAUUACUUCUAAUGUCAUGCAAAUUGCAAAAACGAUUUUAUUAUGAAUUCCAAAAGGAGAAGUCAGAUGUUCAAAAGACAUGCAACCCAAGGGAACCCCUCCCAACGCUGCCCAAUUUCCGUCCAAGUUCAAAAGCACAAAACAUUGUACAUAAUGUCAGGUUUGGAUUCAAAACAAGGAUAGAAAGAAAUAAGACCAACUGAGAAGAUGGUGGAUGAAGAAUGGUUCUCACAAACUAAGAGCGUGUCAUUAGACAUAGAUGCCGGAUUUUUGGACAGCCGACCACUUGUCCAAGAAUCUAAACUUUUAGGUCAUCAGACCCACACAGAAGAAAGCACUGCUUCAGGCCAUGGAAUACAGGCUGGGUCUCUUGCUGGGUUUCCCAUAAUCCCUCUUCCUAGGAUACAUCCAGCUUGGACCAACAGGGCAUGUACACUGUGUGGGCUGGCGAUGGGAAAGGCAGGCAGUAUUCUCUGGGAUUGAUUUCUUUUCUGUUUGAUUCCAGAGAGUUGGCUUUGCAGGCAAAAGCAAGCUUUCUGUAUGAUGCUUUUUUUUUCCUUUUCUACUCCUAUCCCAGAUUGAGGUGGGGGCAGGAGGAUGGGAUGGGGGGAGGAGAGUAAAACUGUACAUAUGCACUUUAAUAUCUUAUCAUUUAUGCCUUGCCGGGCUCUUGGGUUGUUUUUCCACUUUUAAACCUGAGAGCAAAGGUUCAGAACACAGCCACGGUUGUUCACUCAGUGGACCAAAUACUCAUUUUUGACAACUAUUCCCAUGGUAUAGGGUUUGACAAAGCGUUUUUCUUAAAGCAGACAUAACAGGCUAAAGGAAUCAGUUCAAGCAUAGACUUUCUUACUGACAUAAUUUCAAAACAUACACAACCUAGAUGUACAGAGCUUUAUUCCUUCAAGUACCUUUGACUGGCCUGGGCAAAGCUCUGGGGAGCAAGGGGGUGGUAUGCUAGUACUGAACUCACAAUUGUUGGGUUGGGGUUUUUUGGAGGGGUGGAGUGAGUAUUGGUUCAGACAUAUGAUUUCAUCACUGUACAAAAUUCCCUGGUGAGGAAUCCCCUGCCACCAGUGCAAAGAAGCAAAUGCUCUGCAUCGUAUAUCCUUAGAUAAUUGCUUAGGAGAUACUUAGAGGUCAAGUGACUGGCUUACAUAGCCAGUAUGAAUCAGACACUGAACUUGAACCCAGGGCUUCCUGACUCCAAGACUGGUUCUCUAUCCAUUAUACCAUGCUGUUUCUAUAACAUCUUAUCUAAAUGAUAUCAUUGAUCUGCUUUGCUUCCCUGCAUAUCAAUGGUCAUUUUAAACUAUUAAUAUUUUAGGCUUGAUAAAUACAUUUUUUCAACUAAAAAUUAAUAGUAUUGGUUUAGUUCCACCUUGCUGGUGCUUUUCCCUGCCCCACACUGUAUUCUGCAGUGGGAUGUGGUGCCAAUUUGCCCACACAGUUCAUAGGCUAUUCCAGCCAAAUCAUUGGAUGAAUAAAGAAUGUUCAUCUCUUGACCUUGGACCUUAUAUUGGCAAGUUGCCCAAGUAUCAAAACUCUUCUUGAUACUUCUCAUUUACUGUGGAGAAGUUUCAUCUAAUUAGUAUAAGCUCUGUGGUCUCAAGAUCCUGGAACAUACUUAGUUCCCUAAAGUCUUGUUGGAUUACUUUAUUGGUUGGUGUUUUUUGUUUUAUUUUAUGAAAAUUCAGAAAUAAUUUGAGAGCAAAUGUUCUGGAACAGCAUAUAUUCAUGUUUCCCACAGUCUUUUUGUCUCUUCCUCUGACCCUGACUUCACACCACCACAAUCCAUCCAAAAAAAAAAAAAAGAAAGAAAGAAAAGGACCACAAAACAAAACCCAAAACUAUGGUAGCUUUUUUCUAAUUAGUUCUGUCAGAUUCGGUUUGUGGUUAUUAAAUCCCACCAAAAGGAGCUACUUAAAACAGGUCAAGAAAUUCACAAUUUGAGGUGUGUGGGAUCAUUUUGUCUAACAGCCUCAUUUUACAUAUGAAGAAACUGAGGUUAAAAGAGAGGAAGAGA